AUGAACAGCAUCUUCCCAGACCGCAAGGGAAGCGGCGAGACACUCACUGCCCGCUUGUGCAAUCAGCCUCUGAAGGAAGAACAGGGUCUGAGCGCGCCCGCGUCGCCCUGCGCGCACGGCGACGAUGGUGGUGGCGGCGGCGGCGGUGGCGGCGGCAGCGCCGGUCCCAGCCUCAUCGCCUCCUACCUGCUGCUGCCGCUGGCCGAGCGCGAGCAGGUGUCGCGCGCGCUCAGCGUCAGCUCCGGCCGCGAGCUGCGCUGCAAGGUGUUCCCUCUCAAACACUACCAGGACAAGAUCCGGCCCUACAUCCAGCUGCCCUCGCACAGGAACAUCACCGGUGUCGUGGAGGUGAUCCUCGGCGACACCAAAGCCUACGUGUUCUUCGAGAAGGACUUUGGGGACAUGCACUCCUACGUGAGGAGCUGCAAGAGGCUGCGGGAGGAGGAGGCUGCCCGGCUUUUCAAGCAGAUYGUCUCGGCUGUAGCUCACUGCCACCAGUCGGCCAUCGUGCUCGGUGACCUCAAGCUCAGGAAAUUCGUCUUUUCUAAUGAGGAAAGGACGCAGCUGCGGCUCGAGAGCCUGGAGGACACGCACAUCAUCAAGGGCGAGGACGACGCGCUCUCCGACAAGCACGGCUGCCCCGCGUACGUCAGCCCCGAGAUCCUCAACACGACCGGCACCUACUCGGGCAAAUCAGCCGACGUGUGGAGCUUGGGAGUGAUGCUCUACACCCUGCUGGUGGGACGCUACCCCUUCCACGACUCGGACCCUAGCACGCUCUUUUCCAAAAUCCGGCGUGGACAGUUCUGUAUCCCCGAGCACGUCUCUCCCAAAGCCAGAUGCCUCAUCCGCAGCCUGCUGAGGCGGGAGCCCUCCGAAAGACUCACUGCUCCAGAGAUCUUGCUUCAUCCUUGGUUUGAAGCAGUCUUGGAGCCUGGAUAUACAGACCAGGAAACGGGAACUGCGGAUCAAAUCGUUCCAGAGUAUCAUGGAGACAGUGACGAUAUUAGUUCCUUCUUCUGCUAAUCCUGAAAAUCUCAAAAAUCCCUCACGAUUCUCACACACGGCAUCUUUUAUUUUUUCUUUUC